CCAAUUUUCGAUGGGCGUGUACAUUUGGUCGCGAGCAUAACAUUCCCUGUUUUAUGUUUAAUUUCUGUUUUAAGUUCACAGUUUUAUGUUAAAUCGUGUUCGAUGGCAAGCUUAGAUCGUUGGUUGUGCCUGUGCACAACAUUAUUGUGCCUUGCCACGCUCGGUUCCGGUCAAUUCUAUAACGAAGAAGAAAAGGAAGCAAAAAGUAACAUUGUAUGGUGCGCGACAAGUUUGGAAGAGACGUACAAAUGCCAGAACUUUACCAGAGCGCUCGAGCGGGAUGUUGCUCUGUUUAACGACUUUUUCAUGAACGUAUCCUGCCAUCACGGGUACGAUCACGAUGAGUGUAUGGCACUGAUAAAUGAGCGGAGAGCCGACGUUAUGACGCUGGAUGCGGGAGAGGUUUUUAGCGGUGGUCGAUACCAUUCGCUGAUACCCCUAAUGCAGGAAGGUUACGAGGGAGGUUUCACCCAGUAUCAUGCAGUGGCUGUGAUCAAGAAAGGAUCGCUUACCGAUGUGACCCAUAUACGGCAGCUGCGUGGCAAGAAAGCGUGUUUUUCGUGGGUUGGAAGUCAUGCAGGUUGGACAAUCCCGAUACACACUUUACAACGUGACGGAGGAAUGGCGAUUACGGAUUGCAACAACAUUGUUAAAACAGCGACCGAUUUCUUUGGUCCAUCGUGUGCGGUGAAUGCUCUGAUCGAUAAGUAUAAUCCUAUCGGCGAUAACUCCAACAAGCUGUGCUCGCUGUGCACGGGGGUGGUGCCCGGUGGCAAAUGUACUCCAACCGAUCCUUACGCUGGAUUUGAAGGUGCCUUCCGUUGUCUCGUAGAAGCGGGUGAUAUUGCUUUCCUGAAGCACACCACUGUCGAUGAAAUGGUGGAGAGUGGAUUCAUUCCUGGCGUGACGGUUGAUCAGUUUGAGUUGCUGUGUCGUGACGGUACGCGUCAGCCUAUAUCACAGUACCGGCAGUGUGAGUGGGGUAAUGUUCCAUCGCACGCACUUGUCGUAUCCAGCGCUACGUCUAAAUCUGAUCGACGAAGACUGAAGAAAUUUUUUACCAAAGCCGUCAAUCUGUACGCAUCGAAACAGCGUCGAUUCAACAGUACCACGGGAUCGGGAUACGAUCGGCAGGACGAUCGUUAUCGACCGUACCAAAGCUCGUACACUUCCACCUCAACCACAACAUACUCGCCGUACGCCAGCUUCGACCAGAACAUGGCAAACGAAAGCCAACCAUACGAAUCGUUCGAUUUGUUCGAAUCAAGGCGAUACGGCAGAAGAUUGAAUUUGAUGUUCCAGGACUCGGCUCGCCAUCUAGCUCCGGUUGAUGAUGAUAAUCAAAACUAUCAAAGAUAUCUUGGUAAAGCGUUAGACCAAAUUUACGAAACUCGGACUUGUCCGGUCGGAAGAAUGAUGCUGUGCGUCACCUCGGACGCGGAGUACGAGAAAUGUAUUAAAAUGCGAACGGCGCUCAAAGCUCAACUCAUCAAACCGGACAUGUUGUGCACGAAGGCGCACUCGCACAUUACCUGCAUGCAACACAUUCAAUCCGGAACGGCUGAUGUGACAGUGCUGGACGCUAGCGAUGUUUAUACGGCCGGAUUGCAUUACGAUCUGAUGCCAUUUAUGUCGGAGGUGUACGAUUUGGGUCUGCCGGAGUACUACGUGGUAGCCGUGGCCAAGGAAGAGGAUCCCGACACGGAGCUAACCUAUCUGCGGGGCAAAAAUACGUGCCAUUCAGGCAUGAAUACGGCCGCCGGAUGGGUUUAUCCGAUGGCGUACCUAAUUUCGAACGGAUGGAUUCGUCCGUAUGGAUGCGAUAGUAUACGUGCUGCUGCCGAAUAUUUCACCAAAUCCUGCAUACCGGGAGCAAUCAGCAAGGAGUAUAAUACUGGCAUACCGUACGAUAAUAUGUGCGAUCUGUGCCAUGGCAGCAGUUUCCGGUACUGCCGUCGUGAUGCAUCGGAAGAUUAUUAUGGCAAUUCGGGUGCAUUCCGGUGCUUGGUGGAGGGUGGUGGCCAUGUGGCGUUUGUACGUCACACAACGGUGAUUGAAAAUACGGGUGGCAAGAAGCGCGAAUGGUGGGCCCGAGAUGCGCUGCCUGACGACUUUGAACUGCUGUGUCCGGAUGGAACAAGAGCGGAAGUGAACGAGUUUAAGAAAUGCAAUCUCGGCAAGGUGAAGGCCAAUGCCAUCGUGGCACGUGGAGGACGUGGGUACAACGGAACCGAGAUGAACGCUUACAUAAACCUUUUUACCUACGCGCAGCAGUUCUACGGAAGAAAAUUCUCCGACGAGUUCAGCUUCAGCAUGUUUUAUUCAAUCCCUCCGUAUCACGAUUUAAUCUUUUCCGAUGCUACCCGUGGUCUACGCGUAGUUGACUCCGACAAACGUUGGUUCGACGCAUAUCUAGGACCCAACUUUAUGCGCGCCCGUCGUAUCACCGAUUGCCAUGCAGGUGCGAGUAGUCUGAAGAUAAGUGCCUUUGGUAGUCUUUUGCUAGGAGUAGUAGCGUUGUAUUGGCCACGAAACAUACUUCUUUAAGCAGCACGAACGACGAAACC